AUGGAUGAAUAUGAAAAUAUUGACAUCAAAGAUGUUGAAGACACAAAUGGUACCAAUAAAGAAGAAAGAGGUGAAAAAAGAAUUGUUGAUAAAGCUCAACAAUUGAAGCGUGCACAAUCCGAAAUAGCUUUUUUAGACAACCGUAUCCCACGCGCUUCCACUGACCUUAUUACACCCCUCCCUAUUUCAUUCGCUGAGGCUGGUGAAAAUCUUGAAGGAUUGUUAAAAAAAAAUAAAGAAUGGGCUAAUGCUAUUACUGCACAAAUCCCAGGAUUCUUUACCAGUCACGCAGAAGGGCAAAAGCCAAAAAUUGUUUGGUUUGUUCCUGCGGAAACUGUAGUUCAAUUGGGACCUGGUGAAAUUUUUGUUCACAGAAAUAUCGCUAACCAAUUCAACCAUACAGACUUAAAUUCUUUAUCUGUGUUACAAUAUGCAGUGGAACAUCUUGGAGUUGAGCAUGUAAUCGUUUGUGGCAACGACCAACAUGGCCUUGUUGACCACUGGUUACGUAAUAUCAAGGAUAUUUACUAUGCCAAUAAAUCUAACAUUGAUGCGUUACCUGAGAGGAAAGACCGUGUAAAUAAAUUGGUUAAAUUUAAUGUCGUGCAACAAGUUUACAACAUCUCUGCAACAAACAUAGUUCAAAAUGUAUGGGAUCGUGGGGGUAAACUCGAAGUACAUGGUUGGGUUUAUGAUUUAGGGACGGGUUUGAUAGAAGAUCUCAAAAUUAAUCUUAAAAAUGCAAAAGAUUUGCGUGAUCAAAUUUUUAAAGUUCAGUGUGAAAAGUCUUAA